AUGGAAGCCGACGCCAAAUUUUAUCCAGAAGAAACUCCGCCACCAUCGCCAGAUGAGACGGUUGAAGAGCAGAUAAUGAUCAGACGGAUCGAGACAGAAGUCGUUACGGAUUCGGAUGCAGCUGAGGCAGUGAUCCACUGCAAACGACCAAUGGAAUACAUCGUCAUUAACAGACGCCGCUAUAAAUACGAUCCGCCGCUACCCUAUGCCAGUGAAGCCGGAAAGGCGGCCAACCCUUAUAAUGUGGAGCACUACCGGUUGGAUUUGGAGAACGAGGAAAUUGACGCUUUCCUCGACCUCUACGGAUGCUUGAAGAAUCAGCCUACCCCUGAUCCGGCAGCCCCACCAAAUUAUGCCGAAAUCCUCAUCGAAGCUCGUCGUCAGCUCGGCGAAUACCAGCUGAGCUUAAUGGAGAAAGAAAAUGCGCUCAAUACGAUUGCGCAAGACAGGGCCGGGCUUGAGGAACUCAAAUCGGAUAGCCACCCAGUCAACAAAAGGCUUCGAAAGCUUAUGAGACGUCUGGAACAGACAGGAAAGCGAGAGGAGCCGAAAGAGCUGGCCGAAACCCAAGAGAAACUGGCCGAGGUCAGCAAAAGAUUAGCCUCAUCCGAGGCACAAUUGCAAGAGGAUCGCCUUAAGCUCAAGGAUGAAGUUUGUCGCACGCAAGCAGCACGAGUCGAGGUGCAAAGCGAGCUCGAGCGGCUGCAGCAGCAAGUUGCUCUUCUACAGCUGCUACAGAAUCAAAGAGAAAACGACCGCGUACAGCAGCUGCAAAUCACUGAGCAGCAGCAAGAAGAGCUGCAGCUGGUGCAAGAGAGGCUGAGGGAGGCGAACGAGCAGUUGGAGCAGGAGCGCAAGUUGGUUGAGGAGCUUCGCGCCCAGGCUGCUGUCGUGGAUGCACCAUCACCGCCUAUUCGAGAGGGCCGGAAACGGGCGCAACCGGAAAUGGCGCCGCCCCCGCAGAUUCAGCCGCAGCAAUCUACAUUGUCAAUGGUGCUCAACUACAUUGCGACGCACCCCGCAGAUUACAUCGCUAAAGAUGCGAAAUUCACCGCCUGGCUGGAAGCGCAAGACGAUGUGGCUUUGCAAAGCGUUAGAGGCGUGGUAAAUCAACUGAGGGCCAGCUGUAUGGAGGCGGUCAUGAUGAUUAGCGCGUGUUUGCACCAAAGGAGCCGUUGGAAGACGCAGAAGCCCAAGGCAAAAGUUCCAUAUCCGGCCGCAUCACGGAAGAGGCUGAAAAAGCAGACAAACCCGGAGCACGAGACGAAUCUGGAAGCACAGUUCAAUAUAACGAAUCAGAUGAAUCGGAUCAUUCAAGCGAAUCAAACGAAUCAAGUGGACAACGUCAAUCUGAUUCAUCAGGCCCACCAGCUCAACCAGACGAUGCCAAUCCUCCAUCAGCAACAAGUUCAAAAACCCAUCCGUAUGGACACCUUCCCUCAGCAAGUCACAACUCGAAUUGCUGAAAACUCGCUGGCUGCGACCGCCUUCAUGAUGCGGAUGCUAGCCGGAAUCCAGAACCCCCUGGCCCCGACGUCAACCUCAGUGAUUCAGAAGCCACAAGCUUUGAUCCAAACGGAACGCCGAUCAAGUCAUGAAGAAGCGAUGCGACAGCUUUUGGCUAUGCCAAGUGAUGCUCCUCUUUAUUCGGUCAACCCGCCAAUGCCCGAAACCGAUCAAGCGGGUUCGAGGCCGAUUCCGUCCACAGGCCAACCGGCUGAAACUGCUCCCUGUGGCGUUCCGACCCUUGCCGACUUGCUCGAGGCAAUGCAAGGACCACAAGCCUUGCAGGCCAUUUCCAUGUCGGCCAGAUUCUCCGUGGAGAAUUUGCAGAACCCGACGACAACUUCGAUGAGUUCACUACCACAAGCAACCGGGUUGCCAUCGUUUGAGCAUCUUCUGGCCCCACAGAACCAGCUGGAUCCGCCGUCGUUCGCUGAUGUCGCCCCGCUGGGCCUUGAUCAGCAACUUCAGAAUAUGAUGUCACAGUGGUCGAAUACGUGCUCGAUAGCAUCGACACCGCCCCUAUCUAAUGGAUCGAUCGCGCCGCUACAAGUUGAUGGCGGGGACGUUCCGGUACCACGCCCGCCAUCGAAGCUAAUCUUGGAGCCCAUCAGCCCCGACGCCUUCACAGGCUCAAUCUGGCCUAAGACCAGUGAUAUCACCUCGAGCUCGUCA